GGUGUGUGUUUGUGUCCCUCUCCCUCUCCCCGGUCGCACCGGAGGAUAGAUCGCUGCUCCUUCCACUGUCACUCGGACCGUGUCAGUAGCGCCUCGGUCGAUCUGUUCGUGGGCGAGUUCGACUUCCGCUCAGAACCAGUCAUGCAUGGUGGGUGUGGACAAGAAGUGAACUGGAACUGACAGAGACUAUUAUUAUAACGAGUUUCGUUUGGGGGAACGUAUUUAGCGCUUUCCCGGCUCCUGGAUCGCGAUGCAUCUUCUGACAGAGGAAGAGCUGAAGGUGGCCGAAAAGGCGGUGAAAGGGCUAUUUCCCGAGUCAGUGAAGGUGUACGGGUGCCUCUUUAACAUGAACAGAGGCAAACCGCAUAAUUUCGAUGUAAUUGCGGAUUCCUGGCCAGACUUCAGGGUUAUCAUCUGCAAACAGAAAGCGCAGCGCUCUCUGGAUCGAGAGGGGGAUUUCAACAUAUACAACAUAUACUCGAAGGAUAAAGAAAGUCUGAAAAAAAUGCUUAGUGUCCCUUCUGUUAUAAACUGGAACACAUUCACUUUAUUGGCAGGUGUUGACAUCAACCACUUGGACGCGGUGAAAGAACUGUGCAUUUUCCAUAAUGUUCGAGGAGAAACAGAGGGAAUAGUGUACCUGCUACUGUUAGAGGAUGCCAGUCAUCUCAAGGACCCAGAGUGCAUUGCUGAAUGUAACAUAGUGCCUCUCACUGCUGACCAUGCUGAGCUGGUGAACAGCAAUUGGAAAUAUGGAAGGAAUGCUAUGAGCUACAACAGUGUGAAAAACUAUAUAACCAAUUUCCCCAGCUGGUGUGUUCUGGACAAAAGUGGAAAGCCGGUCUCUUGGAUACUGAUGUAUCAGCAUGGGGCAAUGGGACUGCUGUAUACUGUACCUGAGCACAGACGCAAGGGCUACGCUAAACUCCUCAUCUCGAUAAUGGCUAAACACCUUCUGGAGCAAGGAUAUCCUGUGUACUGUUUUGUUGACGAAGGUAAUGAAGCAUCUUAUCGGCUGUUCACCUCUAUGGGCUUCAGGCACAAGCCUGACUAUCAUACUGUGUGGUUUCAGAUUAAUGAAAAGCUUUAAUCUGUUUUUCCAGGAAUAUUGUGCAGGGCUUCAUAUGUUUGAAAGAAUGUUCAAUUGUCAUACACAAUAUCGAUAAUUUUUUGAAUAUUAAAAAUUCACCAUACCUGAAUUUAAUAUUUAAGUAUAUUCUUGCUGAAUUUUUAUUACAGUGAUAUUUUCAAAAUUUGGCAAAAUUUUAAACUGUGCCUCUAAAAUCAUGUCCGGAAUUCAACUUGAAUAAAGUUGCUGAAGAAAACAAAGCAAACACAAAACACCCAUUCCUUAUGUAACAGCAUUAAUCUGUGUCAUGAAAUGACACAAAUGUGGGAAUACUUAUUGUGAGAGCGUGAAAUUAACAUUGUGUCUUGGGGAAAGAACUAAUCGAUUCUCAGGUCAAAAUGUUUAGUCAAAGUAAUUGAAUUGCCAAAAUAAAAAGUAGUUGUAUGCAUGAUAAUCUUAGUACUGCGCACACACGUUGUCUGAAGCCGCUUGUCCCAGACAGGGUUGCGGCAAACCGGAGCCUAACCUGCCAAC